AUGUGUGAUCCUCUACGGCCCAUCAGAAAUAUAAGCCACGCACCUCUGAGAUCUGUCGAAUCUGCUAAUUUAUUUAACGUGGCUAAUUUGUUGGUUUCUAACUGCUUUUGUGAGUUUGACGAUCUUCUUUUUAUUAUAAGGAAGAGUAUGUGUAAAAAUGGGGCGAGCGGUAUUAUGGAAUAUCUUAUUAAUAUCACUGAUGGGACUCAUUACUGGUGGCCUAUAGCGAAGAUUGGUCGAUUUCUUAGAAAUUUGGGUGCGAAUAUUCUGGAAAAUUUCGCAGUUUCUGAAGAAGAUCUUCGCAGUAUCAUUGCAGAUUCUUCGAUAAUGGGUAGGGACUGGUUUUCAAACUGGAUUCGCUGCCUGGCUGUUCAUGAAAGCGGAUAUUAUGUAGCUGUUUGUCAACCGAAUGAUAUAAUCCUCAUUUUUUCUUCUAAAAGGCAUCUGAAGUCCCCAGUAGUUCUUAAACAUUCCUUCCAACGGAACGUUUCUUCUAUGCAGUGGAAGAUUUAUGGUGAAAAUAUAAUGACUGAAAGUACUGAACGAAAGAUAUCAAAAGUUUUUAAGGCCAAACGAUGCGAUGAUCUUAGCUGUGGCUUGUCAGAGGGUAGUAAUUGUUUGGAGAAUCUAUUUAAAGAACCAUGCGAAUUGGUAAUCGACUCACUUUCAGCAGAAAUUGAUUCAUUAAGCAUUUGGGCCCGUUCAAAAGUUUCCAGAAUGUGGCCAUCGCCUGACGGUUCGAAACUUUUGGUUGCUUUUCGCUGUAGUUUUGUUAGGAUAUAUAAUUGUAAUUCAUGGGAAUAUGAGGAAUGGGCGAAUUUUGCGGGCGGAUGUUCUGCCGCCGUAUGGUCACCUGAUAAUUCUUUUCUUUUACUAACGGCUUGCAAUGAGGCGAUGAUACGUUAUAUUCAGUUUACUCGUACUGGUGCAAAAACAUUAAUUGUUUUCAAAUUUAGUUACGGUUCUUCAAAUGUAAUACCUUUAUUUGACUUAUCGGAAGUAGCUUCUGAAGGUUCGCCAUCUAUCGGUGGUACGGCUCGUGACAUGAUAUUGUCUCCAGAUGGAUGUCGUCUUGUUGUCACCUUCAAAGCCAUAAACAGUAUUGAUACUAUCGAUGAAAAGUAUGAUUGUAUUCUGAAAAUCCGCAAAGUAAUUUCAGAUAAUAUGUCUGUAAUAGCCAUUUUUAUUGUGAGAUGGCGUCCAACAUUACUUUUAACUCCUUGUGGAUUAAUAAAUGGAGCCGAUUUCGGUAAUGCAACUAUUGUUUUGUUCUAUCCCAAAUUUGAUUAUGGAUCUCUCUUAUCUGUUGUAAGGGUUUGGUCAGAAGCAAGAUUGCAGCAUAUUCCAUUGAUUUAUGGCAGUUUUGCAAAAAGCAUUUUGCUACACCGUACAUUUGAUUUCGAUGAUGGAAUAAAUCAAGCAGUUUUAGAUGAUUUUAACAUAUGUUUCCAGAAUGAUAUUUCUUUUGAGAUUAACGAUGAUUCUGACCAAACUGAAACAAGUUUGCAUUCAACAAAUUCCAAUAAUGUACAGUUAUUCUCAAGUCAAGGACUCUAUGAUCGGUUAACUGAGCAUAGUCCAAAAUAA